AUGAUUGAGCGGGUGCAGGCGGCGCGGCGCCACUACCAGUACCCAUCCCUCUGCGCUCCGCAGAUUGGCUGGAAUGUACGCAUGUUCACUCUGUUCGACGGUACCGUUUUUAUCAACCCUGUCAACGUGGACGCGCUGGAGCUGGAGACAGAGGCGAAGCGCGACGGCAUCUCCCUCCUGGACGCAGAGACACGGUGGAUGGCGCGGCUCCGCGGUGAACGAAAGACAUGCUUCGCGUGGGAACCCUGCGCGAGCUGCUGCUUCCUCAUGCACUACAUUGAACGCCCAACAACGGUGCGAGUGCGGGCGAUCGGGGAGGACGGACGGCCGUUCGAGGUGACGCUCGACAAGAUGCGCGCACGCAUGGCGCUACACGAGCUCGACCACCUCGGUGGCGUGCUCUUCACCCGCCGCAUCCCCGACACGAAUCACGUCGUGCCGCUGGAAGGGUUCAGCACGAUGAGCGACUGGUCCGACGACUACCCGUCGCUGGAGGCUCGCAGUACGUACCUCUACACCACCUUUAUUCCACCCUACACAUUUGUGACAGACGACGUCGAGGAUGCACAGCUACUCGACCGCAAGUUUGAGGACGGCGUAUACCCCGGCUGCGAGCACGAGCGCCGCAUGCGUAUCGAGAACGCCGCGCUUGAGGAGCUGCAGCGGGCGCAGUGGCGAAUGGAGAAGACGCGUGACGCGGAGAGCAGCGCCAAUCAAUGCAUGCGCGAGGCUCAACAGCAGCAGGAGGAGCAGAAGGGGGAGAAUGGAAGUGAGGAAGGGGGGGAGGAGAAGGAGGAGGAGGAGGAGGAGGAGGAGGAGAGCAAGACCCUUGACGGCGCCACAGCGUAG